AUGAACACAUCUGCUGAUAUUUCUAAAAUUCUAAAUUUUACCAGUUUCUGUUAAAUUUUGAAUUCUGCUUAAGCAUAGUAACACUUCUUACCUAAAUUUAAUAAACAUCUGUUGCUUGAGGUUGCUAUUCUACAAGCUUUAUAAAAUAACAGACAAAUACAUUAUGAUAAAGAAAUAUUGAAUUAUUUUCAUUUAGUACUAUAAUUGAAUUGCUGAAAUCUUCAUGUACAGAUAACUUUGUGAAUUGGUUUGUAGGUUUCCCUGAUAUAUUACCGUUCCUAUCAUACAAAGAUAACAAUUUAGAUUUUGACACAUAUGCCCUUUUCUUACAUCCCAAACGUCAACACGAUUCUUAUCUUAUGAAGUGUGUGUCAACUACAGUAUUGUAUUGUUAUUCAUAUAUGGUGUGAGUCAAAUUACUUUAGUAAAGAUGGCGUUAGUAACAUUUUCGAAUUUUCUUUGUUUUAUUAUGUGUGUCAUGGUGUCUACGAAAGUUACGUUAUGUCAUUUGGAUUUUAAUGACCAGCUGAUAUUGAAUCUCAUCGAUAAAGUUGAAAACAUGCAGGUAAAGAUUAAUAAGUUGGAAAAGGACAACCGGGAUCUGAAGCAAUCUAUAAGUGUGUUGAUAGGAACUACAGCACGAUUUCGACUACAUAUAGAUGACCUGACAAACAGGGUGUCUAAAUGUGAAAGGAAAGAACCUGAGACUGAUAGUAGCAUUGUGCAAUUAGGUGACAAUGUAUAUAAAAUACCUUCAGACGACAGAAGUGAAUCAAAUGUACAAAAGAACUGUCAGGAGAAUGACAGAGACUCGGAACAUACAAAUUAUAAACAAGAUGUUCAUCGAAAAAAUAGCAUAGAUAGACGUCAAACGUCGGAUAAUAUUGCAUUCACUGCGUAUUUGGAUCACGUGAUCAGAAAUUUGGGCACAGACCAGCCAGUCGUGUACAACCAGAUUCUUCUAAAUGAUGGCGGAGCAUACAGUGACAAAACCGGAAUAUUCCGAGUGUCUGUUUCCGGGGUUUAUCUUCUAUCUUGGUCAGUGACGGCCAGAAAGUUACAAGGGGAACAUGCAUAUGACGUAUGGGUAAAACUUGUUGUUAAUGGAGUUCAUCAGACAGGAGCAGUUGCUGAGAGUAGAGACGAUGCAGACGAUAACCAGGGAAGUAAGGCUGUCGUUUUACAUCUGAACCAAGGUGACGAGGUUUGGACGUCACAUUACUCCUCCUACCCGGAUAUGUUUGGUGACGAUACUGAGAGAACAACAUCGUUCAUGGGUGUUCUUCUUUAUGUUGAUCAAUGAAAUAUUGUAUUUGAAUAGUACAAAACAUUAAAUCAAAUAUGAAAGUAU